GAAUCACUGAAACAGGUAAAGAUAGUUUCAGUCAACAAUCCUUUAGUCUUUCUGAAUGCCAGGAAAUUUCAUGCUGACUUGAUAAAGAUAAUUCAAAAGGAUAGCACGAGCAGCCAGCCAUGUGAAGAUGAAAACAAGUGUGAGCAGAACACACUGCUCAGUUCAUUUUCCAGUGGAAGCUGUCAUGGCGAGUUGUUGCAGUCAUGUCACAGUGAGCGAUGUGUUUUGAUAUUAGACUGCAGUGGACUGAAUUUCUUUGACUACACUGGAGUCUCAAUGCUGCUUCAGAUUUACAUGGACUGUAAAAACAGACACAUCGAUGUGUUGCUAGCACACUGCAAAGCUUCUUUGAUAAAAGCAAUGCAGUACGGUGGAAAUCUUGAAUCUGAAAAUCCCAUCUUCUUUGAAUCUAUUUCUUCAGCAAUUGAUGCUGUUCAGAUUCACAGAGUGAGACUUACAGCAGGG